UCAGCCACCAUGUCCAAAACACAGUUAAAAACAACUACUCAUCCUUAUAAACCACGAUAGCUGACUCAGAAGAAAGCAACAAGGAAACCAAUUUCAGCCGAGGAGAGAAUCAAACUGAAAGAUGCAAAGUGUUGAGGCAAGAGAAGAAAGAAAAAUGCAGUCAUCUUGCCAAAAUGAGGUCACAAAGGUAUGCCUUCAUGGUUGCUGCCCAACCCCCCUCUUCAGCCUGACAGCACCUGAGAACACCAAGCCAAGACGCAGCACUUCUGCAGCUUGUCGCCUUGACUUUGCAUCAACAACUAAAACCUCUAUCUUCCCAAACACCAAGUUUUCCAACCAUGAGUCUCUCCCAUCUUUGCGAGAAUCAUUUGCUGAAUUCACCAAAGCAUACCCACAGUACUCUGAUACUGAUCAAGUUGACCAAAUACGAGCCCAGGAAUAUUACCAUCUCUCGCUCUCCAACCAUGCCUGCCAUGAUUAUAUUGGUAUUGGCCUCUUCUCCUAUUCUCAACAGCAAAAUCAGGACCCCUCAAGAAACGAAAUUGCCUCUUCUUCUACUACUACACCACCCCCAUCACCUCCUGGAAAAUCACAUUUUCCCUUCUUUAGUAUAUCCUUCAAGACAGGGAGUCUGAAAACGCAGCUACUUCAUGGUGGCGGACAUUCUGAAUUUGAAUCUGCAAUGAAGAAAAGGAUCAUGGGUUUUCUUAAUAUUUCCGAAAAUGAUUACUGCAUGGUUUUCACUGCAAACAGAACAUCAGCGUUUAAACUUUUAGCAGAAUCUUACCCGUUCCAAUCAAGUCGGAAGCUUCUGACAGUUUAUGACUAUCAAAGUGAGGCGGUGGAAGCAAUGACAAAUAGCUCAGAGAAGAGAGGCGCCCAAAUCAUGUCGGCAGAAUUUUCAUGGCCAGGACUGAGGAUUCAGUCUGCGAAGCUGAGGAAGAUGGUUGUGAGUAAGAGUAAAAAAAAGAAAAGGGGACUUUUUGUCUUCCCUCUUCAUUCUAGAAUAACAGGAUCCAGAUAUCCUUAUCUCUGGAUGAGCAUAGCACAGGAGAAUGGCUGGCAUCUCCUGAUUGAUGCUUGUGCAUUGGGACCAAAGGACAUGGACAGCUUCGGCCUCUCUCUCUUUCGCCCGGACUUCUUCAUUUGUUCCUUCUACAAAGUUUUUGGGGAAAACCCAUCUGGAUUUGGAUGUCUCUUCGUCAAGAAGUCUACUAUUCCAAUCCUGGAAGCUUCUACAAGCGCAGGUAUGAUCAAUCUCGUCCCAGCAGAGAAGCUGUUUCGGUUAGCGGAUGAGUCUUCUGGUACUGACACCGAAUCGAGCUCCUUCUCUGGUCGUAUACAAAUAGAGUCUGGAAAAUUGGAACAAGAGGUACCUGCAGAACCGAAAGAAUUGGGAGCUUCCGAAAUUGGGGAGUCAGAAGAAUCUGCUGAUUUAAUUAAAAUUGGACAUGCCAAGAGAAGCACAAAUGAGAGCUUGGAAAUGGAAUGCAGGGCCUUGGAUCAGGUGGACUCAUUGGGACUAAUUCUGAUUACUAACAGAGCAAGGUACCUGAUCAAUUGGCUGGUCCACUCUUUGAUGAAGCUUGAGCAUCCUAACACAGUGGGGAUUCCCUUGGUAAGAAUAUAUGGGCCAAAGAUAAAAUUUAACAGGGGACCUGCAUUGGCUUUCAACGUAUUUGAUUGGAAAGGAGAAAAGGUUGAGCCUGUUCUUGUACAGAAACUUGCUGAUAGAAGCAACAUUUCUCUAAGCUAUGGAUUCUUACACAAUAUCUGGUUCUCAGAUAUGUAUGCAGAAGAGAAGGAGAGAGUACUCGAGGUAAGAGGAUCUGGAUCAAGCAAAGUGGUGAAAAACAAGAGGGAGGACAAAGCUGAUCAUGGAAUAACUGUGGUUACAGCUGCGCUUGGGUUCUUGGCCAAUUUUCAAGACACCUACAAGCUUUGGGCUUUUGUUGCUCAAUUCCUAGAUGCAGACUUUGUGGAGAAGGAGCGAUGGAGAUAUACAGCUCUUAAUCAGAAAACAAUUGAAGUUUGAAAAACAAAUUAUUCAUUUAUUCUUCAGGAUGCUGGAGCUCAGAUAUUGAAGCCUGUGCAAACAACUCUAGAUAUAGGCUCAUAUGAAAAGUAAAUUGUGAUAGGAGAGUUAAUCACAAUUUGUUCUUUCAUGUAAUGAGUUUCAGAAAUUUUCAGACACUUCUUUGUCUUAAUAUACCUCCUUAACUUUUUCUUUGCA